AAACAAAAUUCCAUUUCUUUCUUCUUGCCCAAGAAAACCGCUCACGUGACCACCACCCACCGGUUUCGCCUUCCCCCCUAAACACACUCGCCCCGGUUUUUCCCCUUUAAAUACUCCUUUAGUCCUGUCUUCUCUCCUCAUUAGUGCUCUGCGUCUUUCUGAUCACCUUCAAAGUUCUCGACUUCAGCAUUUCCAGUCUCAUUUCUCACACUCUUUUGAAUCAUAUGGGUUCUAGCGGGAAGAUUAAGAUCGGAAUCAACGGAUUUGGAAGGAUCGGUCGCUUGGUUGCAAGGAUCGCCCUCCAGAGGAAUGAUGUGGAGCUUGUCGCCGUUAAUGAUCCAUUCAUCACCGCUGACUAUAUGACAUACAUGUUCAAAUACGACACCGUACACGGAAGCUGGAAGCACGGUGACGUUAAGGUGAAGGACUCCAAGACCCUUCUCUUCGGGGAGAAGGCGGUCGCUGUUUUUGGCUUCAGGAACCCAGAGGAGAUCCCAUGGGGUAAGAGUGGGGCGGAGUUUGUGGUGGAGUCCACUGGAGUGUUCACAGACAAGGACAAGGCCGCUGCCCAUUUGAAGGCUGGUGCGAAGAAGGUUGUAAUUUCUGCCCCAAGUAAGGAUGCCCCUAUGUUUGUCGUUGGCGUCAAUGAGAAGGAGUACAAGCCAAACAUUAAUAUUGUUUCUAAUGCUAGCUGCACUACCAACUGUCUUGCUCCCUUGGCCAAGGUUAUUAAUGACAGAUUUGGAAUCGUGGAGGGUCUAAUGACAACUGUCCACUCCAUCACUGCUACACAGAAGACUGUUGAUGGUCCAUCAAACAAGGACUGGAGAGGUGGAAGGGCUGCUGCUUCCAACAUUAUUCCUAGCAGCACUGGGGCUGCCAAGGCUGUUGGAAAGGUGCUGCCUGCGCUGAAUGGUAAAUUGACCGGAAUGUCUUUCCGUGUUCCCACUGUCGAUGUUUCGGUUGUUGACCUAACUGUUAGGUUGGAGAAGGCUGCCACCUAUGAACAGAUCAAAGCUGUUAUCAAGGAGGAGGCUGAGGGCCGUCUCAAGGGGAUCUUGGGUUACACUGAAGAUGAUGUGGUGUCUACAGAUUUUGUGGGUGAUAAAAGGUCAAGCAUAUUUGAUGCAAAGGCUGGGAUUGCUCUGAAUCCAAACUUUGUUAAGCUCGUCUCAUGGUACGACAACGAAUGGGGUUACAGCUCGCGUGUAAUCGACUUGAUUGCCCACAUGGCUUCUACCCAAGCUUGAAGAAACUAAAACAAGGAUCCUCUUCCUCUUGUUAUGCAUAGUCCGUGGUGUAGGUUUUAUGUUAUCUAAUGUUGGGAUGUAGCUUGGAAUAAGGUUGAUUGGUAUAUGGUUGUGAAGUUUGAGGCCGCUGCUAUUGGUUUUCCCCCUUUUGUAUUUGCAAUCUAAAGGGUUUCCCAUGUUCUCUUUUUCUAAAGAAGCAAAUUAAUAUUAAUCAUACCAUUUACUACCAUUUCUUAAUAAAAGCCGAGGCUGAUUUUUUCUUA